AUGGGCUUAUUCGGGAACCCGGAGGAGCUGGGACUCGAGGGCAGUGGCAUUAUUCGCCGAGUUGGGGGAAAUCAGAUUAAAUUAAAGCCAGGCGACCGAGUUGUAAUGUUAAGCAAAGGCGUCAAUAGAACCAGAGUCACAGUACAGGCGCGAUGUUGCGUAAAGUUGCCGGCUCAUGUUCUCCUGGAGGACGCAGCGACCAUGCCUUCCGUUUAUAUAACCUCAAUCUACUGUCUGGUUCACCUUGCACGAUUGCAAAAGGACGAGUCCGUAUUAAUCCAUUCGGCUUGCGGAGGCGUUGGUCUGGCUGCGAUUCGUGUCAGCCAAGUAAUUGGGGCUAAGAUCUAUGCGACAGUGGGAAGCGAAGAAAAGGCGACGUAUCUGAUGGAACGGUUCGGGAUCCCACGAAACCAGGUUUUUUCUUCUCGAAAUGCGGACUUCUUGCCGGGCAUUCUGGAGGAGACCAACGGCAGAGGGGUCGAUGUGGUCCUCAACUCUCUUGCCGGAAAACUUCUCCAUGCUUCGUGGGAGUGCGUUGCCUCUUUUGGCAGAAUGAUUGAACUUGGAAAGAGGGAUUUUCUCAGCAACGGACAGCUUAACAUGAUGCCAUUCGGAAAGAAUCGUGCAUAUUUCGGCUUUGACCUGACGCAACUGGCAGACGAAGCUCCACAUAUAUCAAACCACCCUAGGAUGAUCGAAUCAUAUGAGAGCUGGCAUAUGAAACAAGGUGUCCAUAUGGGUAAAAUCCUGAUUAAAAUGCCCGAGAUCCCGUCAUCUCUAGCGUCUUCUACCGUCAAACCUCCAUUCUCUCUGUCCCCAGAUGUCUCCUAUAUGCUGGUUGGGGGACUUGGGGGGUUAGGAUACUCGAUUUCCACAUGGAUGGUGGAGAUGGGCGCUCGUCACCUGGUGUAUCUCUCACCGUCGGCAAAUUCUUGCAGCCACGACGCAUUUAUUCGGGAACUUAAAGAACAAGGCUGUUAUGUGUCGUGCGUGGCUGGAAGUGUCACAGAAAUAGAAGACGUGAAAUGUGCUCUCCACAAGUGUACCAGACCGCUCGCUGGUGUCCUGCAGCUGGCUGCAGUGCUCAAGGACCGGCCCUUUGAAAAGAUGAAUCACAAUGAGUGGUCAUCAUGUCUCGCCAUCAAAGCACUAGGAACAUGGAAUUUGCAUAAAGCUGUUCAGCAAGAGAAGCUGGAUUUCUUCGUCGUAUUUAGCUCUGUGUCGGGCACUUGCGGCAAUCCUGGCCAGGCAAACUACGCAGCCUCAAAUACGUUUCUUAAUAGUCUAACUCAAUAUCGGCGUCAGCUGGGCUUGCCAUCCUCCGUUGUGGAUCUUGGAGCAGUAGAUGAAAUUGGAAUGAUGAAUUAUGAUCCGAAAGUUUUGCAGAAUGCUCGGGCUGCUUCGGUGCGACUGGUCUGUGAAGCCGAGUUAAUGGAAGGGCUUCGAGUGGCGAUCUGCCAAUCCCCGACAACAGCCGAGCCGUCAUCCACAAUGACCUCAAGCCCAUGUAUUAUUGGACUGAGUAACAGUAGGCCGCUUUCCGAUCCCGGUGUUCGGACCCUGUGGACUCGGGAUGCCCGGUUUUCCCACUAUCGCAAUCUCGAGUCCAAGGGCGCCGGUCAAGGUGAUACGACGAGUGAUGAACUCAGGGCCCUUCUUAGGAGGGUAGAACAGAACCCUGCCCUUCUAGAUGACCCUGAAUCUGAAGCCAUUGUUCGACGUGAGCUGGUAAAGCAGGUACAGGAGCACAUGCCGCAGACUCGAGACAUGGAUGAGGAGGAGAUUGCCGAUAUGGCCAUUGACUCGCUGAUGGCCAUCGAGAUCAAAACGUGGGUCCGCAGUAACCUCGGAUUAGAGAUCAGCCUGGCAGAGAUUGGAAAAGCAGGGACUGCAGGGGCCCUGGCCAAAGCGGCGGUUGAGCACCUCAAGGCCAAAUAUAGCACGAAGGAAGUUCAAGGUGAAGGCGAUCAUACAAACAAAAUCACAUCUUAG